GGUGGCUAUGCUUGAUCACUGAGGGGACACCAAGGCUGAUGCAAGAUUGAUCUUACAUACCCCUCUUCUCCCCAGCCUGACUCUUGAGCCGGCAGGUCCAUGGCUGGCAGGUCUGUGCCCCCAGGACGCCAGGAGGAGGAUACUACCAAAGACCCCGGGCUGAAACUAUCACCGGUGAGGCCUCCAGGCCACCUGCCCAGUAUUGAAGAGGCCCGACUAGCAAGUCUGGGCCCGGCCUCCCGCCGUGGCUCUGUGCUGGGCCCAGCCUCGUCCUUCUCACGCCGCAACUCGCUGGCCGGACCAGGCGUGGGUCCUGGGGGUCGGCGACCAUCUCUGGGCCCAGUUCCUCUUUUGGGCUCAAGGGUUAGCUUCUCUGGGUUGCCCCUAGCGCCCGUGCGUCAGGUGGCACCCUCCUACCGCACAGAGCCAGCGCCAGGGGAGCGCUGGGAAGCCUCGCGCUUACAGUGCGCCCUGGAGGCAGCGCUGGCGGGGAGGCUACACAAUGCGUGCUACUCGGGUGCGGAGGCCGGGCCUCUGGCUCAGGAGCUGUGCGAGUUGGUACGCGUGCGCCUGCGUGAGAUCAGUCCCCCGCGCUACAAGCUAGUGUGCAGCGUGGUGCUGGGGCCGCGCGCCGGCCAGGGCGUGCACGUGGUCAGCCGCGCGCUCUGGGACACCGAAUGCGAUGGUCUGGCCUCCGCCGCCUUCACCAACGGCUCGCUCUUCGCCGUGGCCAUAGUCCAUGGGCUCUACUACGAGUGAAGAGGCCUCCAAGUUAU